AAAAAAAUUCAGUGCUCAUGUUUGUGGUGAUGUGUUUAUUCCAUAUUAGGAUACUGAAUUUCUAAAGUGUGUUCCAGAGAGCCUACAGUGGUUCCCAAAAUGGGCUCUGUAAGAUUGCAGGUAUGUAAAAGAAUGGACUUGGUCUGUCAGAGAAUGUUGAAUCAGGGAUUUCUGAAAGUGGAGAGGUACCACAAUCUAUGUCAGAAGCAAGUUAAAGCACAACUGCCAAGGAGAGAGUCAGAAAGGAGAAACCAUUCUUUAGCUCGUCAUGCAGACAUCCUUGCUGCCGUGGAAACGAGGCUGUCACUGCUAAAUAUGACCUUCAUGAAGUAUGUGGAUUCCAACCUCUGUUGCUUCAUCCCAGGAAAGGUGAUUGAUGAGAUUUACCGUGUACUGAGAUAUGUCAACUCUACCAGAGCCCCUCAGCGAGCCCAUGAAGUAUUACAGGAAUUGCGGGACAUCUCCUCCAUGGCAAUGGAGUACUUCGAUGAGAAGAUUGUUCCAAUCCUAAAGAGGAAAUUGCCAGGAUCAGAUGUGUCUGGAAGACUCAUGGGCUCUCCUCCAGUUCCUGGACCAUCUGCAGCCCUGACAACAAUGCAGCUCUUCUCCAAGCAAAACCCUUCAAGACAAGAGGUUACCAAACUCCAGCAGCAGGUUAAAACCAACGGUGCUGGCGUGACUGUCCUCAGGCGUGAAAUUUCUGAGCUCCGCACCAAAGUGCAAGAACAGCAGAAACAGCUUCAAGACCAAGACCAGAAACUGCUAGAGCAGACCCAGAUCAUAGGUGAACAGAAUGCACGGUUGGCAGAGCUGGAACGCAAGCUCCGAGAAGUCAUGGAAAGUGCAGUAGGAACAUCCUCAGGGUCUGGGCAGAGUGAGGAGUCUCCUCGGAAGCGAAGGAAGGCAACAGAAGCCAUAGACUCUCUUAGGAAAUCCAAACGACUUCGGAAUAGAAAGUAAAUUGGAAUGUAGUUGUAGCUCCAGAGGAUGACACCCAUGACUGGGAGUUUAAGCAGUUAUUCCUGUCAGAAGGCUGGAGCAACAUGGCGUCCCUUAGGCUUCCAGGCGAUCAGAACACAGCUUACACUUGGCUCUUGUGGUUGGCAUCCUUUUCGCGCUUCUCUGGUGGAGCCGAUGCACAGAACCUCCUUACUUUGCAAUAGAUCUGUACUAACCAGACCCAUGCUAUCAUGUUUGGGAGCUAACGUUUUUCCUGUGCAGAUGAUGUGUUAAGUUUGUUUGUUUCAGCAUAUAUGCACAUUACAUACGGAUUUUAAACAAACCCAUUCUUGACAGACUAAAAAUUAAGUUUAAUACAUAAAAUGUCCUGUUCACUUGAAAGAAAAAAAAAUCUACUUUUUAAAUGGACACUAUCAUGUCUAAAAAAAAAAAAAAAAAAAAAAAAAAAAGUUGACUUUUUGUUUGUUAUAAGUGGCCUUUGUCUGGAAUGUCUGAGAAGUAGUUAAUGCUUUGGUAUUGAAGCGAUGGGUAACGGAAAGGACUGCAUAGUGUUGACUGUAGCAGGGGCUCUACAGUACUAUCUAUUUUUGUAAACUACUGGCAAAGGAUGUUUCCAGUUGCUAGAUACAUGCUUUCAGUUUUCUCUGGGGCCAUGUCCUACAUUUGCAUGGAUGGAUGCAUGCAUUGCCUAGUCAGCACACUUCACAGCUCUUGCACUGGUGUUGAUCUUGAACCUCUACACCACUGGUAGAGCUGCGCCUUUAUUGGUUUAAGCGCUUAACAUCUUCCCCUGCAGCAGCUUACUUGUAGGGGGAGAAUCGUCAGUCAAUUUGUCCUCCGGUUUUGCAGACACAAGAGACUGUAAAGUCCAUUGAUGUGUCUCUUCUCUGUAGGGUUAGGUACACUGACUAAGACAGAACCCAUAUCCAAGCCUCUUUCUGUAGACGUCAGACCUCUGGGAACUAGUCAUGAUUCUAACUUGUCACUGUGUUUAUGGGUCAGUCAUGACUGAAUAGGGACCCAGCUGACGGAAAAAGUUCAUUGAAGAAAAUUGUGCCGUGAGAAAGCAGUUUCAUCAUUUUCUGGGGCACGAGCCAGGUGAAGCUUUUGAAUACCACUUUGAAGCUCCCAUGAUCCCAUGAACAGAAGCUUUAGUUUUGUUUGCACUCCUGUUUUGAGCUUGUAACUGGAAAUGUGUGUCUUGCACUGUCCAACCUGAGUGGUCACUAUAACAACCUCCAAAUUGUGUAAAGUGCUUCUUUUCCCUGUUGUAUAUUUUUGACCAUUCAAUAAUCACUGUCCUAUUUUUAUUAUAAUGUACUAAAUUAUUUAAUUUUGUUCUUUUAAACAUCUGUUGCUUUGGGCUUCAGUUAUUUAUAGUAAAUUUAGGUAUGAGAUAGUAAAAACUAUCCCUUUCCAGGUGAAAGUUGACACCUGUGUAAAACUAAGGUUUUGGUAAAUCCCACAGUGGGAUUGUUGUCAUCCGUCCAACAUGAUACGUUAUGCAUCCGUUAGGUUACGUUUACCAAGUGACACUCUCCUACCCAUUCCUAGUAUCGUCCCGUCAUGACCCUGUCCCUGGUUUUGUUCAAGUUGUCCAUUUACAAAUGUAGUGUGUUUUCAGUGAGAAGCCCUAACAUGACAUCCAAAUGUUUCAUGGUUUGUUGGGAAGGUAAUUUUAAAAUAAACAGUUUCCUAAAAAGAUUGUCAGCCAAGGUCAUCCAUAAAGGUCCUUUUCUAGAACUUGUUUUUUCAGCAGGUCUCACUUUUGCAGCCCUAGGACGUAGCCAUAUCACUCUAGCCUUGGAGGAGGCCUGUCAGGCACUCCGAGCUUGACUUUAUCAGUCUACUGUUCUGGUAGAGGAAGACUUUUUUUAAGCAUCAAAGUACAGGUUUUCAAAGUAUAAUCCUUAUGCAUCAAAGAAAUAAGCCUCAAAUUAUUUCUUCAAUAAUUUAACAAUUUCUCAGAAAUUUUUUUCAAACUCCAUCUAACUAGCCUAAAUGUAAUCGCUAGUCUUCCAUUAGUUAGUGUGCGUGCAUGGCUUUCGUAAUGAACACUCACGGUAGGAAGGGACAUGUCUGCUUGCACGCACCUGUGGUCUCCAGCCCAUCAGAUUGAGUUGCACUUGUUCCAUAAGUAUCUGUAACUAAGAAUAAAGUACUACAGCUCGCUUGUCUUAAGCUUUACUUGGAGUAGCUAACACAUGUUAGGAAGUUGUCUUGACCAUUUAAUACAGUUCUUUGGGAUAGCAUAGUAGCAUUUAGAGUUUUCCAAAUCAUACAUUAUUUUAAUAGAUAAAACUGACUUGCCAUGGGAAACUUAAGCAGCCUCCUGAGAGAGACCUCUUGCAUUUCCUGGCAGGAGCUUACAUAAUGUAGGUGGGUUACAGCACCUUUCAUGAAGUGUCCCACCAAGAAGCGACUCCUCUGUUUGAAUGGGUCAUCCCCAUGUAUGAGUUUACCCGUGAUACACACUACACACAGGCAUACAAACAUGACAAGACACGCAUGGGAGGUGAAAAGGACUGGCCCCUGUCCUGCAGAGCCCUGCUCACCUCCUACAUAGACUGCUCAGCUGGUUUCCAACCGACAUGGGUUACAGGAACUCCUCAAGCUUCCCUUCUGAUGUGGAGAGCCUAGAGGUAAUGGGGCAAUUAGCAGUAGCCCUACUGUUGUAAAGACGAUUGGGGUGCCCCAGGUCGAAAGCCAAUAAUUUGGAAUCAACUUAUUUUGUAAAACAUGUUUUUUUGGAGUACUGAACUUCACAGGGGCUUGCCUUAAUUUAGUAGUUUGAAGAUGUAUGCGCUAAUAUUCUAUGUGUUGAAAUGUUAAAAUAUUCUAUGUAGCCCCAAGAGUGGGUAAAACAAGAGUUUAAUGCCUAAAUAAAUAAGCUAAAAGGUGUCACUACAGCUGGAUUUUUUAGAGAAAAUGAACACAUAAAAAAUAGGCUAUGCGUCAUGAACAAAAAUGAUGGCACCUUGGGAUUGCACUAUUUCAUGCACUGUUUUAUAGGCCAUUUCAUAGCCUGCACUUUAGCCUCCAAAGAAAUGCUGUGUGGUGCCCGUUCCUCUUAGUGCGCUCAUUCCUAAGACAGUGCUCACUCUGUUUCACUAUGCUGAGUUAGUUUCCUUAGCUGCCUUCCUUGAGUUCUCUGCAUCCUUUGCCAUAAUACUUCCUAGGAUCCGAGAACUCCUGUCUCAUCAGUUUCCAACCGCAUAGCAUUUUAGUUUAAUGUAAACCUCAUCCUUGUGAUGAGAGUCAUAGAUCCUCUUCUAGUGGUGAGUACCUGUUUGCUACCUAAACCAAACCCUCAGGAAGUAGACACUGUGGGAUUUGAACACGGGAAUGAAAGACCCAAAAGGGAACACAUGAAAUGCCACAGCUGCUUAGAAAUGACUGGUUCUUACAGGGAAAUUACUGCCCAAUGCUUUGUCUUGAGAUCUGCAUGAGUUCCUUUAGGGGGCAAGGGGUUCAGUUAACACUACUUAAAUGUAAAGCCCGCCAUCUGCAGGAAGUUAUUUUCAACAAACUCCUAAGUCUACAAAACCGACAGUAACCACCGCUGGUAGAGUGUGGCCACUGACUGCUGUCACUUUGAGUAAGCUGUAUGUCACACAGAUAAGAACUGGGGCAGGCUUGAGUGAUGUUGACCAUUCCCAGUUUCCUAAGAAUCAUGGUUAUAUCUCUGAAGCCCAAGCAUUAAAUUCACAUUUUCCCUUUGUGUCUGAAGAUAACCACACGCUUUAGCAUAGGAAUCCAAUCAGGCUAUUGCCAAAGUCUAGUGGUUCAUGCUGCCAAAAGGUCAGGCGCGUUGAAGAUUCCUUUGUGUGGUAUCAAAUGUCUGUUUACUUAUGCUCAUGAGCAGCAAUAAACCACUAGUUUACCUUCUGGAAUUUUCAUUGUUAUGACCUAAUCAGUUACUGGAAGGUGAAAAAAGCACCUCCCAGCUACACAACAGGACACAGAAAUAAAUGUGUUGUCACCAGG